CCCCGGUGACCCUGGACCCCGACACCGCCCACCCCGAGCUGGUGCUGUCGGAGGACGGGAAGAGCGUCCGGCGCCGCGGGGCCGGACCCGCCCGGAACCUCCCGGACACCCCGGAACGCUUCGACUACUGGCCCUUCGUGCUGGGCCAGCCCGGCUUCGCCUCCGGCCGCCACUGCUGGGCCGUGGACGUGGGCGACGGCGGCGACUGGGCCGUGGGGGUGGCCCGGGACUCGGUGGCCAGGAAGGGCCGGCUGCCCUUGGGCCCCCAGGGCGGGAUUUGGGGCCUGGAGCGCUGGGGGGGGCAGCUGAGGGCGCUGACCCCCCGAAAAGUGACCCCCCUGCCCCUGCGCCGGGUGCCCCGCAGGGUCAGCGUCCACCUCGACUACCCCGCGGGCACCGUGGCCUUCUUCGACGCCGAGGGGGGGGGAGCAGGGGGGGGGCUCCUCUUCCUCUUCUCCAGGGCGGGAUUCGCCGGGGAGAGGGUCCGGCCCUGGCUCUGGGUGGUGGGGGUCAGGUCCCAGCUGAGGAUCUGCCCCUGA